AGGCCAAGAUCAAAGGCCUGAGCUGUAUAAAGAAAUGGCUGCUCUGCCCAGCCUUUGUUCUGGUUCUGAGACAGUUAUGAACUGGUGACCACAAGGAAAACCAAGUGGUUUGAAGGAUUUUGAAGGACUGACACCUACCAGAUCCUGAGGCUGGAGAUGGGGUGAGCUCUGGUGAGCUUUUUAGCAUGCGGGGUUCAAUGGAUUUAACAAGUCAACCAUGUUCCUUAAAAGAUGACUCUAUUAAUCUGAAAGUUACUGACCAUUCUGGUGCACAGAUAGAUGAGAUUGACAAUCUUAAAGAAGAACUAGAAAAAUGGAAGGAAAGAUUGGAAAAAGCUGAAAAACAAAAAGAUGAGCUCCUUCUUUUGAAACUAAGUGCUGAUGGAAAGAGAGACCAGACACAAGAUGAGCUGAGAAAGCUAAUGGAUUUAGAAGAGGAGCAAUGUAAGGAGAGCAUGAUAAAAAAGGAAAACCAGGAGAGAAAUCUUACUGUAGUAAAGCAGCAAAAUUUUGAGCUGCGGAGGGAGAUUCAGAAGCUCAAAGAUGACCUUGCAGCAAAGAGUUCAAAGCUUUCACAGGAUUUUCGGAUUAAAAGAGAGAUACCGAAAAAGAAAAUGAAGUUUACUAGGAUGGAAAAUGCUGAGAGUGACAACACAUUUUUGAAUACUUGCUGCCUUUUUCACAUAGCUGCAAAAAUUCCAUUCAGAUUGCAGCAAAGACAAGCUCUUCUCACUUUUGAAGAGGAGGAUGUUGCCCAGAAACUGAUAAGAAGAGGUAAUCAUACUGUGAGCCUGGAUAAUGAAAAGAUAGAGUUGAAAGCAAUGCCAGUUACACUAGAAACAGGAGUCAAAUUUGAGCUCCAUGUAACAAUUUCUGGAGAGAAGAUCAAUGUUUCUGAAGUACCACAUCUACCAAUACCUGAUGAGUGGAUCAGAGACAAAAUAGAACUGAAUUUCUACAAAUCCAAACAAGGAGGAGGAGAAGUAAAGGAUGUGAGAUAUGACAGAAGGUCUCGCACAGCCAUUGUUACAUUCCUCAAACCUGGAGUUGCUGACAACUGUGUGAGAUGUACAAAGCAUCCUUUCUGCAUAAAUGAAAAGCGCUUUAUGCUUUCUGUUUCCCCAAGCAUAGAAAAGCACUUGGAAAAAUUUCAGAUAUUUUCUGGGAUUUCCAAGAGGACCAUACUGUUGUCAGGAAUCCAAGAGGUUGAGGAGGAUGAGGAGAGCAUGCAGGACAUGAUUGAAAUUCAUUUUCAGAAGCCUAGCAAUGGCGGCGGGGAAAUCGAGAACAUCAGCUAUGUAGCAACAGGAACCAAACUAGCCUAUUUUGAGGAAGACACUGAGAAUGUGCCAUGAAGUGUUACAGCUGGGACUUUCACUUUGCCCAGUGUGACAUAGUAUAAUGGAAAAAUGUUGCAGACUUUGUCUUUUUAAUAUCUGUGCUUUUUAAUCUUCAAAAUUUACACUUGAAAAGAAGAACUGCCUGCCUUUCCUUCCUUUCAUCUGCAUAAUGCCAAGACUCUUAGGGAAUGUCUACACAGCCGUUAAACACCUGCGACUGGCUUGGAUCAACUGACUCAAGCUCAGGGGGCUUGGGCUGCAAGGCUAUAAAAUUGCGAUGUAGAUGUUCAGGCUCAGGCUGGAGUCCAGACUCUGGGACCCCGCAAGGUGGGAGGGUCCCAGAGCCUGAACAUCUACAUCGCAAUUUUAAAGCCCCACAGCCCUGAGUCAGCUGACCCAGCCUAGCCUCAUGUAUUUAACUGCUGUGUAGACAUGCCUUUAUGGUCUUGAGAGCACAGCUAUGUGAAACCCACUGGUUCUGGCUUGUAGAGAUUCCUUGUAAAGUUCUACAACAAAUAUUACACAAAGCCAAGAUCUCAGUGCAAAGCUCACCUGAAACCUUAGAGUUUGCUUAAUGUACGUGGGUCCACCAAACCCCUAAAUCCCUCACCAACACCUGAAACUUGAUCAAGGUUGCUUUCUGCAGAGGAAAAAAAUUCUGUGCGCAUGCAGUGGCACAGAAUUCCGCCAGGAGUAGAAGUUCAUCACAGCACCUGGCCCAUGGAGCCAGGUUAGGACAGAGUGGUGCACACAGGGCUGCUGGGGGAUCACAGACUAGGGUUCAGAAUGGCUAGUGGGGAGGGCAGACUGGGGGGGGG